AUGUUCGUCAUAGGCUUCUACGCACUAUGCGUCGUUUGCGCUAUCCUCUACUACUACACUCGAACGGCGGUCGAGUCGAAUGAGGAUCCGAACUUUAGGUCGUUUCAGGUCACUUACCUCACUGUCUACCUGUUGGCUGCGGCGGGCGACUGGCUACAAGGACCUCAUGUGUACGCUUUGUAUCAGUCUUAUGGAAUGUCCAAACACCAGAUCGAGGUGCUUUUCAUCGCUGGCUUCGGUUCCAGUCUAUUAUUUGGAACUUUUAUUGGAUCAUUCGCAGAUAAGUUUGGGCGUCGUAACAACUGUCUCAUCUAUGGGAUUCUUUACGGAUUAGCAUGCGUCACGAAACAUUUCCCCAACAUGGCAAUCCUGAUGAUUGGACGGUUCCUUGGAGGGAUAGCUACGAGCAUUCUCUACUCGGCUUUCGAAAGUUGGGUGGUUUACGAACACAACAAGCGAGGAUUCUCGGAAAAUCUCCUUGGCACCGUAUUCUCUCAUGCUGCUCUUGGGAACUCGCUGGUCGCCAUCCUUUCCGGAGUUGCCGCGCAACUGGUUGCAGACGCAUUUGGAUACGUUGCUCCUUUUGACCUGUCAUUCAUCGUUCUGGCAGUAAUGUGUGUAUUGGUUUUCUACACAUGGCCAGAAAAUUACGGAGAUGAAAAAGCAGCAGUUCAGGAAACAUUUAAAAAAGCCAUUCACACCAUAAGAACGAACGUGGAUGUACUUUGUCUGGGACUAGUGCAAUCAUUGUUUGAAGGUUCCAUGUACACAUUUGUGCUCGAAUGGACCCCCGCUCUUUCACAGGCCUCCCCUGAAACCAUUCCACAUGGUUACAUUUUUGCCGGAUUCAUGGUGGCAACUAUGAUCGGCUCCUCACUUUUCAAGCUUUUAGAGAGGAGAAAACGUCCAGAAGACUUUAUGCGAUACGUUCUACUGGUCUCAGCAAUAUGUCUCGCUAUCCCAGUCGUGAUCCCGACCAAUGCCGAAGCUAUAUUUGCUGCGUUCCUUGUUUUUGAGGUCUGUGUCGGCAUCUUCUGGCCAGCGAUGGGUUUCCUUCGAGGUACACAUAUACCGGAAGAAACUCGCUCAACCACUAUAAAUCUCUUCCGGGUCCCAUUAAACCUGAUUGUGAUCUUCAUUUUAUGGCAGAAUUACUCGAUGACUGCGAUCUUCCAGUUCUGCGUGUUGUUCCUGCUGAUGGCCGCCAUGGCACAGCACGUGCUGUUCAGCUAUUGCUCUGUCGCCGUCCUACCUGAGAAGACACCAGCAGCUAAUCAGCACUAA